GUGAAAAGGGCAGAUGAAGCAUGUUACUCCUGCAACGCCACCAACAUCAUCGGUACAGGGGACAAUAGCGAGAGUUUAUGGAUACAAGUACUUUGUAAGUGAUUGUUCAAUCUUCUAUAAUAUCAAAGAUUCUCUAAACCUUUUCAUCAAGUUGAGAAUUAUAAAAAUCAGUAUUUACACCCGACUGACUCAAUCAAUAAACAAGCACUAUUUAAGUUUUCAGAGCAGUUUGCCUUCAUGUUCAUGGUUGUAAUAUAAUGUGUUCAUAAUGAAUGAAUCUUGCUAAAAAUCAAGCACACAGCUGCUUCCUCUCUACAGAUCCUCCCACCAACGUCAUGCUGACUAUGGAUACCGAGGUCAGGUCAGGUGAGUUCAUAACCAUCAGCUGCACCGUUGAAAGUUUCCCGCCGUCAAGUCUCACCUUGACAAGGACUUCCACAUCGAGCGCUCGGUCUUCAGAGUGGCAUAUGACUAAGUCAGCUAAUGAUGGGCACAAGAACAUUUUUUCCCACGGAUUUAACGUAACUUCAGCCCACGCAGGCUUUUACACCUGCUACGCCAACAACAGCAUAGGAGAACAGAGAAGCACACAGAGGAAGUUGGUGGUGAAAUAUAUUCCUCAAAAUGUGACCAUAAAAGCUCAACCGGGCCUUGAAGUAAUUGAAAAUCAAACGUUGACGCUGGACUGCAGUGCCCACUCCCAGCCACCAGUGACGUCUGUCACCUGGAUGAAGGUGAUUGAUGGGAAAGAUGUCGUUGUGAAAAGGAUUCAAUCUUUCACUCUAAAGUCUGUCACUCCAUCUGACAGUGGAUCCUAUAGCUGUACAGCCACUAAUGAACUUGGAUCUGGAAAAUCACAGCCAGUCUAUGUUCAUGUCAAAUAUGCUCCAAAACACACAACGGUCACAAGAGGAGCAGUGCAGCAGCUGGAGGACGGGAUGCAUGCUGUGACGUUGAGCUGCAGCAGUCUCUCUUAUCCCAAAGCUGAACGAUAUGUAUGGUACAUGGAGAAGGAUGAUUACCCGGGAUAUAUCAAAGUUUCAUACCAUCAGAACUACACAGUGAACUCAGACAAACCGGGAGUCUACUACUGCACUGCAGAAAAUGAAAUAGAUAAAAGAAUGUCCGAUCCAGUCGAGCUGUUUCUCAACAGACGCUUGACAAAGAUUUUGAUCUUCGUGUUAUUUUUUAUUCUUAUAAUUAUCGCACUUGUCUUCAUUAUCAGAAGCAGGAGGAAGCAAUCAAUUCAACAAGGAACCUCUAACAGACGGUCUGGAUGGACCCGUUUCAGUUUUUUGGCCUGGUGGAAUGACAACAUAAGGAGGAAUCUGACGAGCGAGCCAAAGACCCAACCAUGCCAGCCUCCUCCAGACAGAACAGCUGCAUCCAACAUCAACACUGUUUACUGCACCUUGAAUUUGCCCGCAAAACAGGGUUCCUCAACACAAAAUCCAAACCGAACACAAGGUGGACACAUGAACCAUGAUGCCCUCAACAACACUGCUUUACACUUUGGAAAUAAGAAAAAGCAGUCAGAAACGGGAAAUGACACAUAUGCUGUGGUAUCCAAGCCAAAGCUACCCAAAAAGAAUAAACAAGAAACGCUGGAGGUCUAUGAGAACUUGGGUAAAGCACGAGCAGCCAAAUCUCCAAAUCCACUAAACUAUGACACAGACACCAGCGAGGAUGAAGCAGAGCUCAACUACACACAGGUGACGUUUAACGCAAAGCAUGGACAUCAGAGAGCCAACACAGACACCAGUGAGGAUGAAGCAGAGCUCAACUAUACACAGGUGAUCUUUAACGCAAAGCAGGGACAUCAAAGAGCCAACACAGACACCAGCAGCUCUGACGAGGAAUAUGUUACUCAAUACUCAGAAGUCAAAAUCUGAGUAAAGACACAUAAUAAAUCCAUCAAUGUAUAUAU